CCGAACGCAGACAGGCUCCGAGUCGCCAUGGGCAACGGAAUGAAUAAGGUUGUUGACGGGCUCUACCUGGGGAAUAUAAGAGAUUCAGAAAACAGAGACAGUCUGUCCAAAAAUGGCAUCACCCACAUCCUCUCUGUGUACAACAAUGCCAAGCCAGUGUUUGAGGACAUGACAUACCUGUGCAUCCAUGCAGCUGAUGCUUCCAGCCAGAACUUAUUACAACAUUUCAAAGAGUGCAUCGGGUUCAUCCAUGAGUGUCGCCUGAAUGGUGGCGCCUGUCUAGUUCACUGCCUGGCAGGCGUAUCCCGCAGCACUACCAUGGUGGUGGCCUACCUGAUGACCGUCACCCACUACAGCUGGGAGGAGUGUCUGUCAGCAGUCAAAGCCGUUCGCUCUUUUGUCGGCCCAAACUACGGCUUCCAGCAGCAGCUGCAAGAGUACCAGGCCACACAAGUCUCAGAGUAUCGGGCCUGGUUGCAGUCCAGUUUCCGUCCCAGUCCGUUCAAUGACCAGGAGCAGGUGGGAGCCCUGCUGAGCCAGUUCACAGAGCAGCAGGAGAGCCAGAGGAGAUCAGCAGACCAGAGGACGAUAAACCAGGGGACAGGCGUCCGGGAUCUGCCGCCCAGCACUGAUCGCGCUGAGGGCGGCAGCUAG